GAGCCGUACCCGACGCCCACGCCGCCUUUCCCAACGACGCCCUACCCGACGCCUUUCCCCACGACGCCCUACGCCCCCCUACGGCCCCCUACGGCACCCUACCCGACGCCCACGACGCCCUUCCCCACGGCGCCCUGCCCGACGCCCACGACGCCCUUACCGGCUACGACCUGCCCAACGCCCUUCCCCGAAGCGCCCUACGCCCCCCUGCGGGCCCUUACGGCGCCCCACCCGACGCCCUCGACGCCCUUCCCCACGGCGCCCUACCCGACGCCCACGACGCCCUUCCCGACGACGCCCUUCCCGACGCCCCCGCCCACGCCCUACCCGACACCUUACCCGUCGCUUUACCUCUCCAGAUCUUGGCGUUUGGCCCCGAUCUUCGACUACGUGCUGAGAGCAAGGAUGAUCCGACAGGAAACGGCGCUAUCGAGUCGCGAAAGAGGGGUGCUAUCGGCGUCGGUGCGCCCAGUGACAGCCAGCGGAAGUACAGCUACGAGUAUCUGCAGGUUCUCGCCCAGAUUCGCGGCUGGCUCGGGGAGGGCCUCGCGCAUGAGGUCAUCGCAGUGCGCUUGGAGGCUGCAGUUUCGCGCUUCCAGCAGCCGGGGGCUGACCGGCGCGACCGCCUGCUGAUUCGGCGCGGCGCUGCCUAUGCUGCCGCCCUGUUGGCAUUGCGUUCCUCGUUCCCCGCCGAGUACUCGUCGCAGGAUAAGCUCAUGAAGGAGGGGGGGCAGGCCAGCAGCCGGGCGAGCGGCGAUGGCUGA